GAAACGCCGUUCAAAGAGAAAACGCGUUGAACGUUUUCGGUUCACAAUCGUUUGUACAAUACCGACCAAACAUCAAAUUGAUAAUCAGUCAUCAUUCUUAACCAUCAAAUCAAGUUUUAUUACUUUCUCUCUCCUAUUCUCUCUCUCAUGCGAGGCUUUCACUUCAAAUUUUCAAUCUUGAUUCUUGAAUCUUGAAUCUGAGAUGAAGAAUGUUGGAUCAUUCGAAAGCCUUCUCCUUUUCUGUCUCUUCCUCUCCACCACCCACAUAGCUUCCGUUUCUUGUCUGAACCCAGAAGGGCUAACUCUACUCUCACUCCUCAAAAAUUUAGAGAACGUACCAAAAGAAGUAACCUCCACAUGGAAGCCAAACUCAUCUCCCCAAGCUACUCCGUGCAACUGGUUCGGCAUCACUUGCGACGACUCCAACAACGUCUCUUCUCUCAACUUCACCCAUUCCAACGUCUCAGGCCAGUUAGGUCCCGAGAUUGGCGACCUCAAAAGCCUAGAGAUUCUGGAUCUGAGCACCAACAGCUUCUCUGGAACCAUACCUUCCACUUUAGGAAACUGUACCAAACUCGUUUACCUAGAUUUGUCUGAAAACGAGUUCACCGGUAAGAUCCCCGACACUCUCGGUAACUUGAAGAGCGUGACGGAUCUCUACCUUUACGAAAACCACCUCACCGGCGAGUUACCCGAGUCCUUGUUUCUCAUCCCGGUGCUGCAGACUCUUCACGUUGAGUACAACAACCUAACCGGUCCGAUUCCUGAGAGUAUCGGCGAAGGUAAAGAGCUUCUUGAUCUGAGUUUGUUUGAGAAUGAGUUCUCUGGUAACAUCCCUGAGUCUAUCGGGAACUGUAGUAAGCUUGAGCUUCUGUAUCUGCACAAGAACAAGCUGGUUGGUUCUUUGCCUGAGAGUCUCAACAUGCUUGAGAAUCUCACUGACUUGUUCGUUGGUAACAACAGCUUAACCGGACCGGUUCGUUUCGGUUCAGCAAACUGCAAGAACUUGCUGACUUUAGAGUUGUCUUACAACGAAUUCGAAGGGGGUGUUCCUCCUGAGUUAGGGAACUGUAGUAGCCUCGACGCUCUGGUGAUUGUGAGUGGUAACUUGUCAGGCACGAUCCCUGCCUCGUUAGGUAUGUUGAAGAAGCUCACGGUUAUUAAUCUCUCCGAGAAUCGUCUCUCUGGGGGUAUCCCUGCAGAGAUUGGUAACUGCUCUAGUUUAACCAUGUUAAAGCUCAACAAUAACCAGCUUGGAGGCGAGAUACCGAGUUCGUUAGGUAAGCUGAGGAAGCUUGACAGUCUUGAGCUUUUCGAGAACCGGUUCUCCGGUGAGAUACCUAUAGAGAUUUGGAAGAUUCAGAGUCUUUCUCAGCUUCUGGUGUAUCAAAACAACCUCACAGGCGAACUGCCUCUGGAGAUGACAGAGUUAAAGCAUCUAAAGAAAGUUACUCUCUUCGACAACGGCUUCUACGGAGAGAUACCAUCUGCUUUAGGUGUGCACAGCAGCUUGGAAGAGCUUGACUUUAUUAGCAACAAACUCACGGGAGAGAUACCGCCGAAUCUCUGCCAUGGGAAGAAGCUGACAGUGCUUAACUUGGGCUCUAACCAGCUCCACGGGAAGAUACCGACGUCUAUCGGUCGCUGCAAGAGCAUUGAGAGGUUCAUCCUCAGAGAGAACAACCUCACAGGCCCUCUCCCUGAGUUUUCUCAAGAUCAUAGUAUCUCGUUUCUUGAUUUUAAUACAAACAGAUUCGAAGGACCGAUCCCGAGAAGCUUUGGAAGCUCUAGGAACCUCUCUAGUAUCAACCUGUCACGGAACAAACUCAGUGGACAGAUACCUCCAGAGCUUGGGAACUUACUGGGACUCGGUUACUUGAAUCUUUCUAAUAAUCUUCUUCAAGGCUCUCUCCCGUCUAAUCUCUCUAACUGUGUUAACCUUGAGCGUUUUGACGUUGGGUUUAACAAGUUAAACGGUACCGUUCCUUCGAGCUACAGUGCGUGGAAAGGCUUGGCAACUUUGGUUCUCAGCGAAAACCGGUUUACAGGAGGUAUACCGUCCUUCUUGCCUGAGCUUGUGAAGCUCUCGGAUCUUCAGAUGGGUAGAAACGCUUUUGGCGGGGAGAUUCCUUCCUCUAUUGGUUCGUUACAGCAACUGAUCUACGGUUUGGAUUUGAGUGGAAACGGAUUAACAGGUGAGCUUCCGGAUAAGUUGAAGGAUCUCAUCAGACUAACAAGAGUCAACGUAUCCAACAACAAGCUCACAGGCUCUUUGUCUGUUCUUGGGAACCUUACCUCGUUGCUACACGCUGAUGUCUCGAACAAUCAGUUCAUUGGUCCAAUACCUGAGAAGUUGAAGAAUCAGUCGAUCUCUGAUCCGGCGUCGUUUUCAGGAAACCCUAACCUCUGCAUACCACGUUCUUUCCCUAUUAGCAACAAUAGUGAGUUGAGUUACUGUGAAGAUCAGUCUAGACGCGGCAGAAGCGGUCUCAGCACGUGGAAGAUCGUGCUUAUAGCAGUCCUGUCUUCUUUAUUCGUGUUGGUUUUGGUUCUUGCUCUUGUCUUCAUCUGCCUACGCCGUCGUGGUGGUCACGAAGAAAGACCAAAGAAAGAUGCUAUUGUCUUCACCGAGGAAGAAGGUCCAUCUUUGUUGCUCAACAAAGUUCUUGCAGCAACUGAUAACCUAAACGAAAAACAUAUUAUAGGAAGAGGAGCUCACGGCAUUGUCUACAGAGCAUCUUUAGGCUCGGGAGAGGUCUACGCUGUGAAGAGACUCAUCUUCGCAUCUCACAUCCGAGCCAACCAGAGCAUGAUGAGGGAGAUCGAGACGAUAGGGAAAGUCAGGCACAGGAACCUGAUCAAGUUAGAAGGGUUUUGGCUGAGGAAAGAAGACGGGUUGAUGCUGUAUAGGUACAUGCCUAGAGGAAGCUUAUACGAUGUUCUUCACGGUGUUAGCCCUAAAGAAGACGUGCUUGAGUGGUCUGCACGGUACAACAUAGCGCUUGGAGUCGCUCAUGGACUGGCUUAUCUGCACUAUGACUGUCAUCCUCCGAUUGUUCACCGUGACAUUAAGCCGGAGAACAUACUCAUGGACUCGGAUUUGGAACCUCACAUUGGUGACUUUGGUUUGGCUCGGCUUCUUGAUGGCUCAACGGUCUCAACUGCAACGGUCACAGGCACCACCGGUUACAUUGCACCAGAAAACGCUUUUAAGACGGUGAGGGGAAGAGAAUCAGACGUUUACAGUUACGGAGUUGUGUUGCUAGAGCUGGUUACGAGGAAGAGAGCGGUGGACAAGUCCUUCCCGGACAGUACUGAUAUAGUAAGCUGGGUGAGAUCUAUGUUGAGCAGCAGCAGCGUGGACGACAUGGUGUCAACAAUUGUUGAUCCGGUUCUUGCGGACGAGCUUCUUAAUUCGGAUCUUAGGGAACAGAUAGUUGAGGUGACUGAAUUGGCACUGAGUUGUACGGAGAGAGAUCCAGCGAGGAGACCGACGAUGAGAGAGGUGGUGAAGGUGUUGUGCGAUGCGCAAGGUCUUGUAAGAUGCUCAUCUGGUUCAGUUCGCUAAUCUUUACUAAGGAAGGGCCGAAGGGGAUGUUAUUAGUCAGUAGUAAGUGUGAAUGUUUUGGUUAACUAGAAGUAAUGUAACUCGGCCUAUAAUGGGCCUAACUAAAGCCCAAGUAUGAAGGCCCUUUUAUUUUUUGAAAUUUUGUUGCUCCAAAUAAAGUUUCUUUACAGUUCCUUUGUGGAUUCAUGUUUAUUGGGUUUGUUGAUUUUAUAA